UGUGUCUGUGCCGUCGUCGAGGCAACAGUGCGCUGCGCCGUGUUGUACUGUGCUGUGUCGAGUGCUGUGCGUGUUCAGUGUAGUGCCUGUCACACGGAAAUGUUGCGCUUGUGAACACAUACAGAAUAUUAUAAUGGCUCUAAAAAAGGAUUUCGAUUUACCAACGAACAUUUUCAAAAACGUUAAACUGCCCAAGCCCGUCAAAUUACAACAGGCGAUCGAGAAGUUAUUUAAAAAGAAUAGCUACACUAAAAUAGUGCAAAGUUAAAUAUUACAGACUGUUUUAGAUAAAUGGCCGGUGAAUCUAGUGCAAACAUAAGUAGAAGUAGAAAUAAUUACAACACUGAGAUAGAGCCGCCGGAUAGAUCACCUAAUUUUUUAAAGGACGAAACCCAUUUUAUAGGUAAAGGGAAUAGGAGAAGUUCUACACCUAAACAUAGAAGAAGUAGGAGUGUUAGUGCGAAUAGAAUUACACCGUCGGCGCUGAGUUUAUCUGACGAGCAAUUUUAUGAGGAUCUAGCAGAAUACGUGCGAGAGAUGUCAGCGCAAAGGGAGUCUGUGGGUGUUGGGGAGGGCGGCGAGGGCGACGUGUGGCGGCAGCUGCAGCAGAAGGAAGCAGAUCUGCUGCUGGCCGCUGAACUGGGCAAGGCGCUGCUCGACAAGAAUGAGGAGCUCAAGAAGGAGCAGGAACGCAUCGCUGAGGAAUACUCCAAAAAACUUGAGGAGUUGGAGCAGGAGAAGCACCUGCUGCGGCGGCGGCUGGACACGACGCAGGGUGAAUACGAGGCGCGCCUGCUCGAGCUGCAGAAUGAUAUUCAACAUCUCACCAACAAGAUUGAUUCAAAAGACACCAGCCUCAAACAGCGCGAUGAAGAGAAGGCCGGCCUGAUAGCAGACCUGACGGCACAGAACUCGCGGCUGACGACUCAGCUGCAGGCCAGCGCGGCGACCGAAGCGCAGCUGCUGGCUCAGCUCGACGAACUCAAGGACCAGUGCUCCAUGCGGAAGAGCAGUCUGCAGGAGCACAUGCAAAGCCUGAAGUCACUGAAGGCGGAGCUGGCGCUCGUGAGUGACAAGAAGAGUGAACUGGAGCGGCGGCUGGCUGGCGCGCUGCGGGACAAGGAUGGCCUGCUGCAGCAGCUCGACGAGGCCGCCGACAGAAUCGCCGCGCUCGAGCGACAGCUCAAGGAACAGGAGCACCUGUAUCAGAAUACUUUGAAGGAGCUGGAGCGCCUGCAGAGGUCGCACGACACGCUGGCAGAGCGCGUGGGAGCGCCCGAAGCCGAGCACACUGAUAGCGCGCGCUCGCUGCACGCUGAGCUCGAACCCGACGACCAGGGCGAAGGGGAGGGGGACGGCUGGCUACGUGCAGAGGCUGUACAGGUCUUCAAACAACUGCGCACGCUCGCGCUGCAGCUCAACACUGGACACGACGACGACUCCGGGCUGCACUCGGACCUUUCGCUGACGUCGUUGGACGGCGAGGAGGGCGAGACCCUGCGGCGCGGGGCCCUGGCGGCGGCGUGCGCUGACGCAGUGGCUGCUUACGCAACCCUUGAGGGCUCGCGCGUCAGAGACUCCAUCGCAGCGCACGCGCGCAGGGCCCUCGAGCGCGAGCGGCAGAUCGACGAGAAGAAUGACAUCAUCGCUGAUCUCUCCUCCAAGCUGUCUGUGGCGGAGGUGGAGCUGCGCGCGGCGGCGGAGGAGCGCGACAAGCUGUUGAACGACGCCAACUACUCCAGCCUGCAGAACGACGAGGCGGUGGCGCGAGCACGACAGGAGCGCGACGAGGCCAUCGAGAGAAAGAAGGCUGCAGAGGUGGCGCUGGCGAAGACGCGCGUGGAGCUGAUGCAGGCCAACAGCCAGCUGUACGAGGCAGUGCGACAAAAGGUCGACCUCGGCCAGCAGCUCGAGCAGUGGCAGAUGGACAUGCAGGAGCUGAUCGACGAGCAGAUGAAGCACAAGCUGACGACGCAGGAGAAGAGACGCAAGCUGCCGGAGCCGCCGGCCCCCAAGCGCGCCUCCAGAUUGCUCGGAUUUUUUCAGCGGUGAUCUGCUGCGCCCGACUCCUCGUGCGGCCGACCCGGCACACCAUACCCCGCACAGUCAUAUACAUAACCUACCUACAAUUCCUUAAGAAAUACGACCCAGCGUUAUAUCCCGCGGCGAGCUCGCUGUGCGCCGUAGCCGUGUGUAGCGGCGGGGCGAGCGUGGGUGCGGCGGCCAUGUUGUGCGCGGUGUGCGCGGUGUGCGGGGGGAGCGCGCGCGAUGCGGCCGGCACGCUGGCCACACUCGCGCUGCUGCUCUCCAAGCCCUUCGACGUGUACACGUUGGCAGUGAUACUUAGUGUCUUAAUUAGAACCUUUAUAGUGAUGUUGAAUGUCAUUUUUAACAUUUUACUGCAGUUACUGUAGAAUAUUAAAUUUUAUUAUAUGCACGUUAUUAAAAAAUAGGGGCGUAAUCUAGCAAAAUUUUUAAAUGAAAUUAUUUGCAAAAAUGCAACCUUGUAGGUACUAUUGACACGAAUGAAAGCGCUAGUGAAAUUUCACCAAAACACUAGAGAUGAUGGCGUAGCUCAUAGCACCAGCACUAUCGUUGGCAACGUCUCGCACGACCCGUUCGCCGUUAACGCAUCCAUUACGCUGUUGAUCUGAACGAUACAAACAUCUUCAUACCCGAGCCGUAAUGUACAUAACAAAAUUAACAUCACGAAUUCGUGUAAAGUAUCACAUAAAAUAUCUUUGGUGCACUAAAAAAAUAAUAAUAAUAAGUUAAAUAUACCAUGAAAAAUAAUAUUUUAAAUAGCCAUAAUAUUUACAGUCUUAGUUUGAAAAUGUUAAGUGAUCUGCUGCAUACAGUUUUAUUAAUAAUAAAAUAACACUAA